AAAUGCUGCUAACACAAAGGGAGGAAGAGGAAAAAAUAUCUUCUUUGGCAUCACAUGCCACCCAAGCUCGCAUUACUUGUUGAUCCACCUUUAGUGUUAUAUCAUUUUACAAGGAAGCAGAGCUCAUUAGAUAAGCAUUGUGCCAUGUGGAAGUAAUACAUAUUCCCAGCAGCUGCCAUGCUAGCCACACAGAUGCCAGACAUGCCACCUGAGGCUAAAGAUGUCAAACAGAUUAAAGAGAAGUUGGCACAGUCACUCAAGGCCCUGCAGAAGCGAUAUGUGACAACAGAUGCAGUGGUAACCAGUGAAGAUGGUGAUGCCAACUUGCUCUGUUGCGCCCUGGAGGCCAUCUUCAUCCACGGCAUCAAGAGCAAAUACAUCCGCUCAGUGGCAGCGGGUCGGGUUAGGAAGGGAGAUCGGGGACCCCUCCCUCAGCCUUUCUUCUGGAGCCUUCUUAAGUCUGUCACCCACCGUGAUGUUAUCAAGGAGCUAGAGAAGAUCAGCUUUUUGGGAACAGACGUGGGUCGUUGCCGAGCAUGGCUGCGUCUGGCCCUCAACCACGGCCUGCUGGAGUGCUACCUCGCAUCGCUGUUCCGUGAGGACUCCAAGCUGCGUGCCUACUAUCAGCCCAGUGCCUUGCUCUUAAACCCUGAGGAGCGGGAAGUUCUGCUCAGCUACCUCCAAGGUCUGGCCUCACUUACAUUCAGCCUGUCUUACAAGUCAGCCGUUCUCAAUGAAUGGACCACUACACCCUUGGCUCUCGCUGGACUCUGCCCCUUGUCUCAGGCGGAUGCACUCGACCUGUCCAUUAAUGGCAAGGACCUUCCCAACUCCAACUCCCAAUGUAAAGAAUCAUGGGAUACAGUGUCCCAGUCAUCAGGCUCAUCAGAUGCCCUGGAUAUGCAGAGAGGGUGCCCGGUGUUGAUGGCAAAGGGGCCAAAUGAUUUGCAAGGGAGUAGGACUGCGUUAAACUCUUCUAAUUUAAGUCUGGAUACCACAGGCUCCUCUCAGCUCUCCUCCAGCUUGAGCUCAGAUAGCCUUCUGCAGGGGCAGGAACCCCGCAGCCUGACAGGAGAGCAGUGGUUGUCAUGUGACCUGGACCUGCCCAAUGUAAAUAUCAGCAAGAGGCCACAGAAAGAUUCACUGACUGGGGAGAGUGGGCAGUGCAGUCAAGACUCCAUGCGUGAAGACUCCUUUGUCUCAAGCACAGGACCAGAUCAGUUUUCAGAAACGGCUGUUUUCAGUGGUUCUGACAGUGAGACCCAGGAUCCCCCUACACCAUCCCAAGACCUUAAAGACCAGCCCUUGAACCACAUUCACUCUGAUUCACUGCCACUGACAACUUCUGUUGAUUUGCUGUCGUCUGUUGAGGACCACGUCAGCCACACUCCGUCUAAUGUGUGCAAAGAAACCUCUAUGGCAUCACACUUGGACUCUGACAUGCUCUCCCCAGUCGAUGAGCCUUUGGAGUCUGUGGAGGCAGUAAAUGCAGCUGAUGUUAAGGAGAGUAAUGAGCCUGUCCACAGUUUUCAGGGAGAGAAAGAUGAAGAAUGCUUAAAGAAGAGCAAAUCUGAGCCAUCGCUACACCCAGUUGCUCGCCGCUCUUCCAGCAUCCUGAGUAAGAAACUGUCCUCAGAUUCUCUGUCAUGUUCCCGCUCUUGGAUCUCUGAGGAAGAUAUCUACAAGCCUCACAUGGAAGUGGAGUCGGAGCAUGAGGAGGUGCCUCAACCUGCUCUGACACCAGAAGUCGAGGUUUCUCAGUCGCCUCCCAGUGUUGUUCAUCGCAGACAAAUAGGACUGUCCAACCCAUUUCGUGGCUUGCUGAAGCUCGGUCAUCUAGAGAGGCGGGGUGCAAUGGGCUUGUGGCGCGACCACUACUGCGAGCUGUCACCCUUUGAAUUCCGCCUGUAUGUCAACGCAGAGGAGAGGACGUGUUGCGACAACUGCUACCUUGUGCGCUGCGAGGAUGUUCGCAUCACCUCAUCCGAGGGCCGCUUUGAGGUGGCCUUUCCGGGCAAACGGCUGCACCUCCGCGCAGCCAAUCAUGAUGAAGCUGAGGACUGGGUGGACAGGAUAGUUGAAGCUGUCAACAAAUGCCGGCCAGCAUCUAAUGUUGAUGAGCAGUGGGAAGUCUUGCAACCAACCAGUGAAAAUGGUGUCGAAGAACGCACCUCAUCCCGAUCCUCUGCUCCAUCCAGCCCAGAAAAAAGGCUCAUAACCUCUGACACAAAGACCGGUGGAGGGAUUGAAGUACCUCCUCCUCCUCUACAGGAGUUCGACUGGACUCGGGCUGCUGAUUUGGAAACGGACGCCAUCAAAGAAGCCGUUUUGUACUUCUCCACAGAUGCUGAUGCUCGGACGUGGGCGCCUCUGAUCUUCUCCCUCUCUUUGGAGGCUUUAAAAGGCUUCCGGACAGAAGGCGGGAGAAAGGUUCUUCAGCUUACUUGUUCGAUUGAGGAAAUCCGGGAUGUGGUGCCUGAUGUGUCCCUGGGAGGACCAGCCUUUUUCAAACUCUUGACUUUAAAGAGUACCCUCAGAUUCAGGGCAGAGAACGCAGAUGAGGCUCGCAUGUGGAGGGUUUUGAUCCGUGGAGCUCUGGACUCUUACCUGGAGAGUGGAGAGGACGAGUGCUUUACAGAGCCAUGUAUGGGGGUGACUGGAAAUCUCCACAGACUGGUGCAGCACAGAUUAAAAGAAGACGGAGCUCUUUUAGUUCAUCUGUACACCGUGCACGCAGAGAAGGGACUGGACACUCAGAAUUUCAAGUGUGCAGGAUGUCCUCAGCAGAUUGGUCCGUCGCUGGGCAGAGCCAGGCUAUGCGAGUUCUCAGGCCAGCACUACUGUGACUCCUGUCACCACGGUGACACCACCAUCAUUCCCUCUCGUAUGGUGCACAACUGGGACAUCACACAGAGGGAGGUGUCUAGGAAGGCCCUUUGGCUGCUGGCUCAGGUAGAACAGGAGCCUCUGUUGAACGUGGAGCAGUUAAACCCUGGGUUAGUGAGUCAUUCCGAGUAUAUGGGUCAAGUACACAACUUGCGGCAGAGGCUGCGCCUCCUAGGCGACUACCUGCUCACCUGCCGCAGCGGAGCCUACAAGAAACUUCAAGCCAGAAUUGGGCAGCGGACGUACUUGUUGGAGUCGAGCCAUCUGUACAGUGUCUUGGACCUGAGACAGAUAGCAGACGGCGAAUAUGCAACUCACCUAAUGACACUGUUACAGUUCGCCACCACCCACGUGUUUCAGUGCGACCUGUGCACUCAACGUGGCUUCAUUUGCCAGAUAUGCCACUCUCAUGACACCAUCUUCCCCUUCCAGUUCGACAGUACCACCAGGUGUAAAGAGUGCAAAGCUGUGUUUCACCUGGCUUGUAAGACUCAUGGGAUCUCGUGCCCUCGCUGUCAGCGAAUGAGAAAAUACAGGGAGAGGGAUCUUCAGGACUGAGAGCAGCAUGGGCGAUGAGCAGCCCGCCACGGACGACUGUCUUUUUUUCCAGUAAACCAGAAGGCCGAUAGUGAGGAGAAAAAUGACAUAAAAGUCAAAUAAAGUCUAGCUUUUACAUGAAGUAACCUCAAGUGCAAUUAUGAGUGCAGAGCAACCUGCCCUAAAUGACCCUAACACCAAAGACAGAGGUGUAAGAGGCUCAGUGCUACAGUAGUCGUCAUCUCUUGCAGUAGAUUAGAGGGACAUUGAACCUCAUGAUGCCGACAUAAUGCAGCCAAAUAUUACUGAAUUGAAUACCUCUCUGAAUUCCGAUUCAGCCACGAAAUCGUAAGGACGACACGGCAAUUAAGGUUACUGCCACGAAUCGUAUCUGCUGCAUUUUUGUGUGUCUCAUUGUGUCAAAUACAGUCUGAAUGCAUCAUG